GAAAUUCUAGUGAUAUUUUCAGAUCUGGAUCUUGUUCAUAAACUAUAAAAGUUAAUUAACUUGUCAUUUACUCUUUGUUUACUAUGCUCUGCAAUUACGUGGCAGACUGUGCUACUCUAUUAUAAAUUGCAAAUCUCGACGUAAUUUCGGGGUCAACUGUCUUCAUUUUCUAAUAAGUCUCCUGCCCAAGUCUCUUUAAAUAAUUCUCAAAAAAAAAAAAAGUCUCUUUAAAUAAUUACUGAUUUGCUAAGAUAAAUAACAAGUUUGGCUACUGCCUCUGCACAUACAGGAAUAUGCAAGCACCCGCUUUACGAAGAUUUUUCCCACCAAUUCACUAUCGAUUGAGCAUUAUAUAGCAUGGCGAGCAUUACAGUUGCCUCCAAUUCAAUUGUCUUGGAAGUUCUUAACCAACAUAACUAUAAAGAAUGGAGUUCUCGGGUUGAAACUUACUUGUUGGCUGAAGAUCUUUGGGAUGUCGUCAACAUGAAACCUCCUGAACGAGAAGAGAGAGAAGUUGAAUACGAGGCUUGGAAGACAAAGAAUGCCAAGGCUUUACAUGCAAUUAAAAUUUCUUGCGGGACUCAACCAUUUUCUUUUAUCAAUGAAACCCGCACAGCCAAGAUGGCCUGGGAGGUUUUGGAGAAACAGUUCAAAUCACGUGACACAUUACGUUUAGAACAAAAAGAGAGAGAAGAGAGAAACAGAUAUCUUUAUACCAAAAUCGAUGAUGCGAGGCAGGAGUUGACACCAGCUGAUGAAGAAGGAGGAAAUCAGAACAGUUCCAACUAUCACUUCGACUCCAGCUAUGAACCUUUCUUUGAUUCUGUUGUGAAUGGUCACUGGGAUAAUGCUAAGGAGUGCCUUGCUACAUUACUAAUUCCUAAUGUACUAAGAGCAAGAAAUCCAGCGGCUAGAGGAUCUACAGCUCUUCACAUUGCGGCGAGGGAAGGGCAUGUGCAUAUUGUAAAAGAGUUGGUGUUGUUGAUGACUCAAGAAGAUCUGGAAAUAAGAGAUGAUAAUGGUUGUACCGCUCUUCACAUAGCAGUACAGAAGGAGAAUGUGGACGCUGUGAAAGAGGUGGUGCCGUUGAUGAGACAACAGGGCUUGGGAAUAAAAAACAAAAAUUAUGGUGAAACUGCUCUUCAUGUAGCAGCUGGGAGUGGGAAUGUGCAUAUUGCGAAAGAGUUGGGAGAGUUGAUGAGGGAAGAAGAUUUGGAAAUAGGAAACUCCAACAAUUGCCACGCUCUUCACAUAGCACUCUUGAAAGGGCAUGUGCAUAUUGGGAAAGAGUUGGUAGCAUUGAUGAGAAAAGAAGCUUUGGAAAUGAAUGAUGGACAAGGCUAUACGGCUUUAGGUCGUGCCAUAAGGUUAUGCCACCAGCGUGGAGACGAGUACAGUGAAGGAGCUGUGAUCGAAAUGAUUAAACCCAUGGUUGCAAAGAACCAGAAAAUGCUUGGCAUUGUGGCUUCUCCCAAUGACUACAUUCCAGUUGUGGAGGCUUGCAUGUUGUUAAAAUUCCAAGUGGGCCGCUAUCUCUAUUCCGUUACUCCACGGGAAGAUUUAAUGCCGUCAAAGAACAGACGGCAAGGUGCUUCACUAUUUGUGUUUUGUCUUGGAGCGAAGGAAUUUGAUAUUCCGUGGGACUUACUUUCAAAUUGCCCAAGGUUGGCCACGGUUGAAACUGUACAUGGAGGCAAUUCUCCGAUCUUGGUAUUGUCUCGUAUGCACUCUGCAUUCUUAAGUGGAAUGCAACUCAAAUUUUGGCAAAAAUGGAUCUAUGAAAGGUUGGGAGAACGCCGCCUUGGGCCUCUCUGUACCUUUCUCCAUCAUCGAUGGAGUACUAUUCCGGUGCCACCCUCGGUGUCGGUUUUUUCGUGCAAGGCUCCCGUCGUGCCCUGUAUCGGGUCGUGGUUCACAUCUCGGCCUGUGGAAAGUUCUCCUGUUCAGAUCCAUUCUGAUUGUGUUUUGAGUCAAUGGGAAGAAGCCAUGGUUGUGUUGCUUUCUCAGAUCCGGUCUGCACCUAGAGUUAAGCAUCUUUGGCCAAGUCAGGCACGACUCAAGUCAUCGGCGUGUGGCUUUGGUUUGGUGGCGGUGUGGCUAAGGGAGAGGUUUGAGAGUAGUUGGAGUUCGUGGGAGCGGCUACUAUCCAUAUUUCUUCAAUCAGAUCGAGGGGAUGAUCCGAUAAUAGAAGGUGAGCAAACUAGUGCUUUGGGUUCGGACUGGCUAUGCGUUCCAGCUGGUGAAGGUGGCGGUCAGGGGCGUUGUGUUGAUGCAACGGGGAUGAUCUUUCUCCGGCCAAGGGCGGUGGAGCAGAGGUCGGGGUCGAAGUCAGGGACGACAUGGGUGCUUAGAGAACUUCGGUGACAGGGCCGCCCCAAAUUUCACCCUGAAAUCCGAAGUGGUCCUGCAGGACCCACUUUUAAAGAAGAUUUUACUGAAAAUUCGGCAGAGCCUCCCCUAAAAGUAGGCAACCCAAACCUGUAAGAAUCCAAAAACACUUCUAAUAACCUAACCGUAAACUCCUGGAGCCACCCUACUCCUAUAUUCCAAACCAUCUCACAAACAAAAAAAUAAUAAUACUUCAAUUACUUAAAGUCCAACAAAACUCCAUAAUUAAAUACAACAAUUCAUCAAAGUUAGGUCAUGGACCUCAAAUAUAAUUUACUACAAGUCUGGGUCACAAUUCCCAUAGUAAUCUGAGCAAUCUAAAAACAGAAAUUGAUAUAAAGUUCAGUAGGCUAAACAGGUAACCUACUAUAUGAGGUGACAGAAGUGGAUGCGGUCACUAUGGCUCACUCCUAAUGCGCCAAGUAGCAACGCUGUGAACUGGGCAUUUGAAACAGAAGGGCCCAAGGGGAAAGCAUUUAAAAAAACGUUAGCGUAAGUGGACAAAAAGUUAAUAAUUAUAACAUAAAGAAAUAGGAAAGAGUUUUAUACUUUCCCACAUUUUAAUUUUGGUAAAAAAAAUGAAUUUCCGAUGCAUGCAAGAUUUAGAAAAAGUUAUUUUCUUCACUUCGAAAGGAGCGUAAGAAAGAAAAAUAACCCAACCCCGCUGGUUAAAAUAAACAAUUAAUAUGGGGAAGGCGAACAUCACCAUACUGUAAAGGAGCCUCCUAAGCUCGGGUCGGGCCUCUCAGGCCGUAUCCUUGAUUUCAACCCACAAACACAAAGUAAGUGAGGAGGAGCCUCGACUGCAACUCAUGCGAGGAGGAGAACAAGAAAAUAUAGUAACCCGAGUAUGGUGGAAGAUAAAAAUCGAAAACCAGUAAAUCCAUAAAGCUUCCCCACAAAAUUCUCACAAAAGAAAAAUACCAGUACAAUUCCCAACCAUACUCGGAAAAUCUCGUAAUAAUUCUGAUUAAAGCAACAACGUGUCCCACACGUCAAAAUAAUUUCAAAUGGGAAACAAUUCGUAAGAUUAAAUUAUAAAUUAUAAUUAUUCUUCCUUCGAAAUCCCAUUUCGAAAAGUAAUUAUAAGAAAUUCAAGUCCACAAAAGAAAUUAGCUUAAUUUCCGGAAAUUACUACGGAAAAAAUGUUUUGUCGAAAAACAACCAAUAACCAUGUUAUCCAAAUUGAGCAUAGAAAAUUUAAAAUCGAAAUAAUGCUAGAAGCAUUAACCAAAUAAAUAAUGGGAUAAUUCGAAAUUAAAAUAAUAAGCUCAAUAAAUUUCAUACUAAUUAGUCAAGCAUUAAGUUGAUAAAGUAAAAGCAUGCAUCAUUUCUUAAAAUAAAAGUCCACUCACAGUAUUCGGCUAAUCCUGUCGUCGAUCGGUAUUCUCCUUGUAUGGAUACUCCUCUCGUCCUGUACGAAUAGCACUCGUAAAAAUAUAAUUACAGGAUGAGAAUUUAAAUUUACGAUAAUUAGAAAUCGACAUUCUAAACGUCUCCUUCAAUCCACAUUGGAUUCUAUCCAACUACACUCACAAUGUCGAUUCACUGAUUUACAAAUUAUAGGCAACUUCGAGAGAAAUCCGACGGUCGGAUUCUCGUAAUCGAUAACCGAAAUUCUAAAUUUUCAGAAAUUCAUAAUCAACUCAAAACUUCUCCAAUCUUCACCAAAAUCACAUAUACAAGUUCUAUAUCAAUUAUAGGAUUUAAUUAACCAAAAACAGAAACUAAAACCCUAGCUGCUCCACGCGCCUCUGCGCGCCACCCACAGUGGGGCCCAUGCGCCUUAGGUCUACUCCACUUCCGGCCACAAAAUUUCAGCAGCAACAUCACAACAUCAAUACAAACAACUUUCUUAAUUGCACCUAAGCCUAAUUAUACCUUGAAUUGCCAGAAUCGGAGGAAACCACAAAGAAUACCAAAAUGAACAGUAAAAACUUCAAAUCGUCAAUUCUCCUUCCACACCUCAAAUUGGAUCGUGAAACUUGGAGGGAUUCAUCAGCAAGGAAUGAGCUUUCGAUCAAGGUUGUUUCGUGGCCAGUGGUUUCCAGAAUUGGAAGAGAUCGGUGAAAAAGAUAAUCUGCUACAGUAAACUUCUAUGCCUCGAUUCGUUCUUCUCCAGCCAAAUCACUGUGACCCACGAUCACAAUCGUGUAGAGGAGGAGGAGACGAGUCUGUGCAGACCGGUAGCUCGCAAGAUGGUAGCUGGACGGCGAGGAUUCAGCGGAAAGAGGGAAAAAAAAAACGACGGGGAGGAGAGAGACCUCGGGGGUAGGAGAGAGACCUCGGGGGGUAGGAGAGAGAGAGUUAUUGAGCCAUAACUACCACAGUAACUUGCUAUAUAUAUAUAUACAUAUAUAUAUAUAACUUUCUAUAUAUAUAACUUUUCGAAAAUGGAAACCUACCACAGUAACUUU